AUGGCUUUUGAAAAUAUGUCUGCUCUGCAUGCAACCGCCUUCUUGUCCGGAGUGCUUCUCCAUGUCACCGUCUUCCGAUUUGGGGAGUGGGAUAUGCAUGCCUUGGGCAUCAUAGCCGGCGGCCUGCUCCUCGACUUCUGUGCAGCGGGAGUGUUGCGCUAUAGGAUCGCCGCGGGCCCCGCAUCGUUCUGGCAGGCCCUCCAGCAGACGUCGUCUGCGCUUGGUAUCUGCAUCGCGGGCAUCUUCAGCAGCAUCCUGGUGUAUCGCCUAGCCUUCCACCGCCUCAAUAGAUUCCCCGGUCCGUUCUGGGCACGCAUCUCCAAUGUCUACCCCACGACCCUGUCGUUCAGGGGGUCCAAGUUCCAGCUGUACAAAGAGGUUCAGGCACUUCAUCGACAAUAUGGGGACAUUGUCAGACUCGCCCUCCACACCUACGAGCCCCGUGUGGCAGAGCAGACCGCGCACCUUGUAGAAUGCAUCGACGAGCGCCAGGGCCAAGCCAUGGACGUGAAUAAAUGGUUCAGCCUGUACAGCUUCGAAGUCAUGACUCACGUCGGAUUCGGACAAGCGUUUGGCGCGCUUCGAGAGGGCGAGGCUCCGCCCCUCUUGUCAGCAAGCAAGGACUUCAUGCUCUAUCUCCGAGUCUUUGGCCACCUUGUAUGGCUAUACCCACUGUACACGUUGUUGCUGGGGAACCUACAAAUCAGGCGGUUCUUCAAGAUGAUAUCACAGCUGGUCCGGCAGCGGAGAGAGAGGCAAUGCGUCGACUUGUUCUCGUGGAUCCUAAGCGACUACGAAACGCUCGAAAAGCCAACAUUGCGCCAGACGAUUGACCUUUAUGGGGAUGCAUUGACAGUGAUUGUAGCUGGGAGCCAGACGGUGUCGCAGGCCUUGACCUGUCUCUUCUUCGAGCUUGCGCAGCACCCGCGCGUGCUCGCAUUGCUCCAGGAUGAGGUGGACGAGUGCUACGCAACAGCCGGCGGCGGCGGCGAAGAAGCCGGGCCAGGCGCACAGCCCCUGUCGAAGCUGGAAUACCUGCAGGCUUGCAUCAACGAGACGCUGCGCUUGUGGUCGGCGGUCCCGAGCGGGCUCCCGCGGAAGACUCCGCCGCAAGGCCUUGACAUCGGAGGCGUCUUCAUCCCCGGCGACGUUGUGGUGCAGAACCCGCAAUAUACCAUGUUUCGCGAUGAGCGCCUGUUCCCACGACCCGACGAAUUCGUGCCCGAGCGGUGGACGACGCAGCCUGACCUGGUCGCCGACAUUACCAGGGAGACAUCGGCGUUUGUUCCCUUUUCGUAUGGACGCUUUGCUUGCGCGGGCAAAGGGCUCGCGCUCCAGGAACUCACAGUUGUGACGAGCCGCAUCGUGAGGCGCUACGACGUGCGCCUGGCCCCGGGUUCGAGCAGCGCCGAAUUUACAAGAGGAGUUAAGGAUUUCUUCACUCUGGAAGCCCCGUCUUUGCACCUAUGUUUCGAUGCUCGGAAGCGAUGA